AAUCUACCUGAAAACAUAGAAUAGGAACGUUACCUGAAAACGUAAAGUAAGAAACUGAAUUUUACGAUCAAUCACUGGUCAAUUUGAAACAGAACCAGUAUAGAUUAUAAGAAGUAGUUUGUGUUCGUAUUUAAAAAGUAUUUAAAAAAGUAUUUUUAAAGAUAAUCUAGGUUUACUUAUACCUUAUAUCGAUCGAUUAAAAUUCUACGAUAUCUGUUAUAUAAAUUACUUCUCAUUCAUUACGAUGUAAUAUCGUUUCCCUUAAUAUUAAACGAGAGGAGUUGCGCGCGAUCAUUGAUAUUCUGUGCACGUGAACAUUUCUAUGGAUACAAAUGUUCACAACAAAGCGCGAUUCAUUGGUAUAUCGUUUCAUUGUUUAGCGAGUUUUCUAAACAGAUUUUCCGAUAUGAUCGAUCUUUCUUCCAUUCGAAAAUUACAAUUGGCACGGUGUUCAUUUAGAUUAAUUCGAAAAAAGAAUUCUUUCAGCCCAAGAACGCUCAUCAGCGUAUUAAUAACGAUAUGACGAUCUAUUACGCUGCGCUAUACUACUACUGUACAUAGAAUGCGUAUGGGAAACGUUUAGACAGACAUACUAACGAUGCAUUUUGAUUGAACAUAACCGUUUGUGGUAAAGAUUAAAAAAAGGAUUCUCCAACAUGCACGGUUUACGAGCCGGACAUAACAUCGGCGAUCUUGGUAGCGGUCGAUGGUUGGAGGCGCUUUGGGAGCCAGCAACCCGAUUAUACACUUUACCAAAUGCGCUUGAUAUGCUAGAUGUAAGCGGCGACGGAGACGCUAGACUUGUCUGUGUCGAUCUAGGGACGCUCGGUGUCAAUUCGCCUAAAAUAAGAGUUUAUAAAGGAGGUGACCAGAUAACAGAACACAACAUGAUAGAUCCACCGUGUGGAGUGGUUGGAUUUUACACAGAAAACGGAGAACCUCGGUCGUCCGUACUGGCAGUGGGCGUUGGUUCCAGCGUCUACAUAUUCAAAAACAUGAGACCGUAUUUUAAGUACUGUUUGCCACACAUUGACGUACACCCGAAGGAACGGGAGAUUUGGCAUAAGGCUGGAAUGGACGAGGAAUUGAACGUGUUAACGUUAGCCGACGAACUGGAUUUAUUGUUAAAGGAACUCGGAGCGGGAUUUAUCUCACCGCGAACGCUAAAAUUCCUAUCCAUGGACCCGAAUUUGAGGUCUAGCUUCGCCGAACAAUACAGAAGAGUUCCAUUGAUUAAAAGUAAUGCUUUGACCGCGAUUUCUGUGAUUCGAAGGGACUCGUGGAACGAUCCAGCGAGUAGUUGUCUCGUGCUGGGCACGGAAUUCGGAGAAGUACUUAUUUUGGAUCCUCGAACAUUUUCUGUUAUGGAUAAACAUUUGUUGGAAUGGCCGCCGGUUGCUUUCGCGUGUACAGGUUUAUGGACCGGUGACGGGACUGUAGUAAUUGUUGGAAGAGAUGGUAAGAUAGGCGCGAUAAGAAGAGGAAGACCCGUGAAACUUUGGGAUAAAUUACCAUCGCCGGCUAUAGCCAUCUCAGCCCUUAAUAACGGAAGCGUCGCGGUUACCAUCAUGGAUAGCACUUUGAUCGGCUUCUCUAGGAAGGUAUGUAGAAUAUUUUUACUUCGGCCAUGUAUCUUUACUCGAAUCGUUACAAAUAAUAAUAAAUUAAUGAUAAUAAAGGGAAUUAAAAUUUGGCAUGUUCGUGUUCCGGGUGCGAUUUUGGAUUCGGUAAGUUUACCAGUUCCGCAAAUUGGCCUUUCGUUGCUCGCUGUGAGUACCGCUGGUUAUGGAAUCCGCGUGUACGACGGGAAACAUCACGUGGACACGUUAAAAAUCAUGGAGCCAGUUUCUGCGAUGAAGUACGGUAAAAUGGGUCAAGAAGAACGAACGAUGGCGAUGGUCACCGUGGGAGGUGGACUGUGUGUAAAAAUUCUAAAACGGACUGCGGACUUCAAUAUUCACAACGCGAUAUCCAAUUUACCGUCAACCGAUAGCACCAAAUUUUUAGUACCGAAGAAAACGCGAUUGUUCGUUGAGCAAACGAUACGAGAAAGGUCAGAAGCGAAGAAGAUUCAUUCUACUUUUCAGCAAGGUCUUCUUCGACUGAGAUUGAUGGUAGCCAAAAAAUUAGUCGAAUCUUUGAACGAUAGUCAAGUUGCGGGACCACAUCUGCUUACCAUGGAAGCUACCGUUUUGGGAUUGGGACCCAAUUAUCAGAUUCGUAUUUUAUUGACGAACAUAUCCGACGAAUUGUCCGAUACGGACCUGUACAUCGUUUGCAGAAGCGAAAACACGGAAGUGAAACCACGAGUGAUGGACGUACCUUUGUUACCGAACGCCAUUUCGAUUCCUAUGAUGAUCAAUGCGAUUUUGAAGAGUAACAUUUCCGGAAGGAUAGAGAUUUUGUUGUGUAAGAAAUCGAAAACGAAACCAGUAACUGUGACCACAGUAGUUUUGCCUGCUGCCGAGGAAGAUAUCGAAGUUUAAUAUCCUCUGGAAUGUAGAAGUCUAUGAAAAGAUAUUUUUUAUGUGCUUUGUAUAAAAAUGUUCAUAUAUUAUUAUAUAGUAUUAUAAUAUAUCGUCGUGUAAAUAUCGAUUGGAAAAUGUUGAAGAAAAUUUUGUAACUGUAUUAUAAAAAGCCAAGAAAAUGUUGCGCUAAGGAUA